GACUUAUAGAGAGAGAGAGUGAAACAAGACACACUGAAUAAUAAAUCCAGUCUACUCAUAGAGAGAGAAUACACACACAAUUGAACAGCCAUUCAAAACCAACACCAAAACCAAAAAACAAACCAAAACAGAAACCAAAACAGAAACCUUUCUUGUUUCUCACUUAUUCACUCCUCCUCUCUCUCUCUCUCUCUCUCUCUCUCUCUCUAAACCAUGGAAAUCACCUCACCAUCAUCCCCAAGAGAGAAAUCCUCCCCCACAAACAGCUCCAGCAGCACCACCAACACCUCCCUCCCCCUCCCCACCCCACCCCCCACCCCAAAACCCAGAUCCCACGACCCCAACAACCCCUACCCAACCACCUUCGUCCAAGCCGACACCUCCACCUUCAAACAAGUCGUCCAAAUGCUCACCGGCUCCACCAAACCCGAUCCACCCUCCACCCCCCGCCCCGCCUCCGCCUCCGCCUCGGGCCUCGGCAUCGGCAUCCCUCCCAUCAAGAAAAAGCAGGGCUUCAAGCUCUACGAACGCCGCAACAGCAUCAAAAACGGCCUCAUCAUCAACACCUUUUCCCCCAAUUCCAAUUCCCCCAAUUGUUCAAUUUCGAAUUCGAAAUCGCCGGGGAUUCUGUCGCCGAGCAUCCUAGAUUUUCCGGCGCUGAUGCUGAGCCCGGUGACGCCGGCCAUCAACGAGGAGGAGAGGGCGAUCGCGGACAAGAAAUUCUACUUCCAUCCGUCGCCGCGGACCGCGCCGGAGCCGCCGCAGCUGCUGCCGCUGUUUCCGGUGACAUCGCCGCGGGCGUCUACUUCGUGAUCGGUCGUCUCUCCUCUUGUACAAUUCAUUUUUAAUCUUCCGUCUUUAGCCAUAAAUGGAUUAAUUAACGAAAAAAUUGGGGAGAAAGGGAAGGAAUUUUUAACAUUUUUUGUUUCGUUUUGUGUCUUGUUUGGCUUAUUCAGCUUGUUCACAACAUUUUUGUUCUAACAAUCAUAUGUUUAGCGGUUGGAA